AUGCCGAAAAUUGUCCGCAUCUCUGACAUGAAGCCAAUUUUUAUUAGUUCUUUAGUUGUGACUUUUGUCACGAUUACAUGUGCGGCGCCAGCAGCCUGGAUAUACGGUGAGUAAGCUUUUUCUUUUUUUCAUAACAGAAGACGCGGGCAAAACCUUAAGCAGGACAAGCUACGGUUUAUCAUCAUCCUUAACUGAGAAGACGAGAAAGUCUAACUGUUUGCCGGUUUCAGCACUUUCUUCUCAUUUACAUAAAAACCCUGAGUGAUGGUCCUGCCAGGGAUUUGAACCAGUGGCUUCCCGCUCAGGAGACCGGCGAUUGUGAUAUUUACUUCUCCAUGUUUAUAUAUUUUACCUCUCACUGUUUAUUCCCAGCUUUUGAUGAUAAGCAGUAAAGUCAACAACUGCUUUAUUGUCACUGGGAGGGUGGGGUGCUUAUUAAAGGCAUUGAUUGUUGGACGGGGGCCCUCUUUUCAAUUAAAUGAGAUACGUCCAAGCUUUCGAAUGAUGCAGUUUCCUAAACUCAUUUAAAACCACAGCUUUUACAUGUUUUAAGGGUAAUUUUUAUCAAUUUUUAGCAGGAUAAAGACUAUUAUCCUUAAAAGAUCUUCUCAUUUUAAUUUCUAGGCAUUCAUGAGAAGGAUGUGAUUCCGCAAGCAACGAAGGCCAUUUAUCAAAAGUGCACGCCCACCUGUGAAGUGGAUACUUGUAGAUGCUGCACGGAGAUGCAAAAAACAAAAGGUACCAGUAGACCUUCUCAAUUUAUAUUAAAGUUUGUCUAUUUUUAGCAAAAAAAUUGAAUGAUAUUCAGUUAAUUAGAAAACGACAUGCUUUCAAGUAGAUAUACCUGGAUCAUUAUAAUUCCUAUUAAACUGAAAGCGAAAGAACUAAAAAGGGUACAACCUGUUUUCAUGUUGUCGAACUUUUAGUACUUUCAGUUUUUGACAAACAAGCGAUCAAAAUGAAGAAAUAGUCGAUAGAAAUGUGCUACUCUGCCGUUCGCGUGAAAAACACGUGGUGCUUCGCGAAAUGUUAAGCUUUGGAUUGGAAGAAUUUAUUGUCGCUAUUAUAUUACAUUGUCUACAUGAUUUAAGUUUUAUAGCUUUUGUUCAUUUAAUCGUUUCUACUCUUUUGCUUGCAUAGUCACAUUAAUUUAACAUAAUCUUUUUCUUCGUUUAAUCGUUUUUACUCUUUUGUUUUUUUAACAGUGUGCAUGACAGUUAAAUACAUUUCUCCGGUAAGUUUUUUUUUCGCAGCAAAAACCAUUUUGAUCGAGGGAGAAAGGGAGGGUUAAGUGGUGUCGCUGCCAAGACGAGCCUUUUAUCUGGAAAGGGGCGCUUUGAAAAACGGGGCCGUAGCCUUUUUCUACCUCCUGGGUUAUGUAUUCUCCUUCAUUUUACUUUGCGUUGUUCUGUUUGCAAGCUAGUUCUGUGGCGUCUGCGUUCAAAUUUGACAGUCCUAAAGGAACUCAUCACGGCAAAUUUAAUUACAGUACUACAUAACUGCAAAUUUUUCAAAAGGAGGCCUCCAAUUAAUUAAAAAUUGCUUCCUGGGAGUGUCCACUAAAUGUAAAAAAAAGGUCAUUUAUGGAAAUAAAACACUUCUUACAAAAGACGCGAACUGUUUCACUCAUGAUCAUACGAGCAGUGCGUAUAAAAUGGUUCGAGUCUUACGUCGCUUAUACUGAUGUGUCAGGUAAGAUCGCCUCGUCUUUUUUUUAGCUAAGCCGCGUCUUUUUUUCGGACAAAUUGUGCUAUUUAUACUGGAAGUUCGUAUAAUUCAUAUUUUUCCUCGUCCAAAUGACCCUAUAAAAAAUCGAGCAACAAAUUAAAACAGCAAAAGGGUAGCUGACUACUAAAGUAAAAUACAAAAUUACUAAGAGAUAAAAAUCUAAAAAUGAGAAGUUAGGAUAAAUACACUAUUAACAAACACGAGAUUGAUCGCCUACUCUUGUUUGAGACUUUCUUUGUUCAUUCCUCUUAAUUUGGGGUGAUGAUUUGGGAAUGCUGUCGGGGGGGACCAAUGCUUGACGCUGUGUCAUUUCCGGUGCUUUUAGUCUACACUGACUCCCCCAAACCAAAUUUAAAGAGUGGAGGAUACUGAAAAAAAAAACGUCCAUAAUAUGCUUAAAAAUCAACCGGAAAUUUUCUAUUCAAGCAGAUUAAUAAUUCUUUUUGUCUUUAGAACGUGCGAUUUACCCUGAAUUGGAUCGCCCGAGCUAUUACCGUCGCCGCGAAAGCGGCAAAAGGUACAGUACUACAAAUGAUGCUACCACCGAAAAGAUUUAUACCACGUAGAACUUUAAGCUUGGCUGAUUUUACACAAUUUUGAUAGUGAGGUGACAGAUAAUUUUUUGCUAAGGAACGUGUUUACCAGAGAAAUUUAUGGUCUUUCUUUUUACAUUUAGACUUGCCGGCUCCCAAACCCAUGUGUUUUCCUUCCAAUGAGAAUCCUUUUGUGAAGAUCUGCAUUAAAAUUUCCAAAAUAUCAGUGGAGAAGGACC